AAUAAUAACAAGCUCAAUAGCCCUCGCCCUCAUAAAACUCCUAGCAAAACCCCAACCCCAAACCCGGCCCUCGCACCGGCAACGAACCGAUCAGAUCUCUCCGCAACCUCCAACCUCACCCUCACUCACCCCUCCUUACCUUCACCAGUACGAAGUACAACCACACCAACUUCCAACCCCCUCUACUUGUACACAAUACUCCCUCCAAACCCAAACCCACCGACAAAAUGCCCUCCUCCUCCCCAGCCCCCCCAAACCCAAACCCCUCCACUUCAACAACAACAACAACAACCACCCCCUCCGACUCCCUCGAAACCGACCUCCUCGCCCACCUCGCCUCCACCUCUGCCCUCGACGACAUUCACACAAACCUCCUCUGCUAUCUGCAGCGCAUGGGCUGGACCGAGAAAAUCCGCACGCUCUCGCUCGAACUCCUCCGCGCUGGACGAUGCGAGCGCUUCGACGAGGUUGUGGACGCGGUGAUUGCGUCUGCGGAGUGUCGGGCGCAUCCGGCGUUUGAUCUUUCGACUUCGGGUUCGAAUGGGGCGGGUCGGAAUGGGAGUGCUCAGAAUGGGGGUGGGAGUAAUGGGAGGGGGAAUGCGAAUGGGAAUACUAGCAAUGGGGGGAAUGGGAUGGGGCUUAGUGCUGAUGCUGAGGCGUAUUUGGAGAACGUGGAUGUGCGCAUUCCCGCAGUCGUUGUUGAGCAUGGCGUGCGCAUGGUUAAGGAGGUGUUAAAGGAUGCGGUGGUUUGGGAGGAUGGGUCGGCGCUGGAUGAUACGCUUGAUACUGGGAAGGGGAGUCUUGCUGGGGCGUCUGGGAAGAGGCUGGAUAGGGAGGACUCGGGCGAUUCGUCGGGCAAGGGCAAGAACAGUGAUGCCAGUCCCGUUAAGAAGACGGGGAAGAAACCCAACCCAGGGAAGAAUGUCAAGUGAUUGCGGUUACGUGAGAUGGGGUUGUAUAUGCAUUACAUUGAGGGAGUUCUUGUCUAUGAAGCAUGCAUGGGGUGAGACCGUCAUCAGGCGUUUUGGAUAGGUCGGGGGCCAGAUCGGGGAGUUCAUUUUCUGUAUUCAUUCUGGAGUUGGGAGGACUUUGGCGCAUUCACUUCUCUUUUCUCGAUAGAUACCAUCAUCCGCUGCACUGGUAGCAAUACUACUACUCAUAUCAAAGGCAUCGAAAAACUUGUUGUCAC